AUAUCAAUUCGAUUAAUCAUUUCUGAACUAUUUCGACUAUUCGACUGUCGAGGCAUUUCGAGGUGUUGUAUUUUGGAAUAAAAUAUAAAAAUAUAUUUUUUUUAUAAAUAUAUGACUUGUUUCAAAUGUUCAAGAAAAGAAAGAGGAAGGAUUAAUUCACUACUUUCUACCGCAUGAGAUAUCUCUCAUAUGUGUUUUUUUUCUGACGAAAUAACCUAACAUCUAUAUCCAAUAAAAUCUAACCUAUUUUCAAGUGUGGGAGACACGUGUGAUAGAGUGUGGUAGGUAGAACAUUUCUGCGUUUAUGAGAUUUCAGAAUUGAAAUUGUUAUGUCUGCAGUUUAAUAGAGCGACCAACAAUACCAGUAAUAAUGGACGAAAUGUUGAAAGAUGCGCGUUUCGCGCAUAUUGCGAGAGAUCCGAAAUUUCGUCGCAUUCCCAAAGCCGAGAGAAAGGUGAAGAUUGAUCGUCGGUUUAAGGAUAUGUUUAAAAAUGAGAAGUUCACCGUCAAAUACACCACUGAUAAGCGUGGUAGACCUGUCAAUCAAACCACUACCGAAGAUCUCAAAAAGUAUUACGACCUGUCGAGCAGCGAGGAUGAAGAUGAGGAUAACGAUAAUGAUAAGGAUGAGGAUGAGGAUGCAUCUGUGCCAUCUACAAGUAAGAAAGACGACACGAAAAAAAUAAAAGAUACCAAGGAGAAGAAAAAGAUCAAGAAAGAAGAAGAAAAGAAAAAGAAAGCAGCAAAAGAAGUUAAAUCGAAAAUGGAUUCUACGAAGGACUCUUUGAACAAGAAGAAUCAAGAUAAGAAGAGCAAAAAUUAUUUGAGUAAGAAAGAUUUGUCUGGAACGAAAAUGAAAGAGGAAUGUUCCGAUGAUGAUGAUGAAUCUGAUAAUGAUUCCUCAGAUGAGAGUGAACAUGAAUCUACCCAGAAGGAAUGUUCUCAAACAGAGCUAGAUAAAAAUGAGAAACAGUUGCAUAAAAAGAGAAAAGAUGAAAAUGCUAAACUUACAGAUGAAAUUAAAGAGAAAUUAAGAGAUCCUACUGUGAAUUAUGCCAGAGGAGAAGGUAUUCUGAUGACAGAUAGUUCUUCAGAAGAAGAAUCAUCUGAAGCUAGUGAUGAUGAGGAAGAAAUUGAGCAUAACUGGGGAGAACUGGACAAAGAAGCUGAUACAACAGAUGAGGUCACACAUCGAUUAGCUAUUUGUAAUAUGGAUUGGGAUAGAAUACGUGCUGUGGACUUGAUGAUCUUGUUGAAUUCAUUCUUGCCCAGUGGUGGACUCAUUCAUUCAGUUACAAUUUAUCCAUCAGAAUUUGGUUUGCAGCGAAUGAAGGAGGAAGAAAUUAAUGGACCAACAGAGCUAAAAAACAAAGCUACUAAGAAUGAAGAUGAAAAUGAGGAUGAUAAUGAAGAAGGAACAGAAUAUCAUAUGGAAAAAUUGAGACAGUACCAAUUGAACCGGUUGAAAUAUUAUUAUGCUGUUGCUGAGUUUGAUUCUAUAGAAACGGCAAACAAAGUAUAUACGGAGUGCGACGGUAUUGAAUAUGAAUCGACUGCGACUAGAUUGGACCUUAGAUUUAUACCAGAUGAUAUGACGUUUGAUCAGAAAGCUAAAGAGAUAUGUACUGAGAUACCAGAUCCUGUGAAAUAUCAACCCAGACAAUUUAUAACAACGGCUUUACAACAAGUUAAAGUCCAGUUAACGUGGGAUGAAACAGAUCCAAAUAGGCAAGAGUUUACGCAGAAAUUAAAUUUGGGAAAAUUACAAGAUAUUGAUGAAAAUGAUCUACAGACGUAUCUGGCGAGCGGUAGUGAAGAUGACUCGGAUACAGAAGAAAAGAAAGACAUAAUUGAUGAAAAAACUGAUGAAAACGAUAAUUCAGAAUCAGACCAGGCAAACGAUGAUCCAAUUGGAAAGUACAAAUCGAUAUUAAAAAGUAUUGAAGAAGAAGAAGAGGCAAAAAAGAACAAAGAUGUUGAAUUAGAAUUCUCGUGGGGUUUAGGUACGAAAGAAAAGGUCGAAAAAUUAGUCAAAGAGAGAAUGAAAAAUAAGGAACAACUUACACCUUUCGAGCAAUAUCUAGAGAAACGUAAAAUGAAAAAGAAAGCUAAGAGAGAAGAAAUGAGAAAGCUUAAAAAAGAAAGUCAAAAAAGCGAUUCGGAAGAUUCUUUGCCGUCUGAUGUAGACAUGAAUGAUAAAUAUUUUGUGGACGAAUUCAAGAACAAUAAAUCUCGUAGAAAAGGAAAAAAAGAUAACGAAUAUAUUAGUGAUUCGAACGAACAAGAAGAGAAUCGACAUAAAGCUGAGUUGGAGUUGCUUUUGAUGGAUCAAGAUGAGGAUGACAAAAAGCAUUUCAACAUGAAGCAAAUCGAAGAAAACGCAACUAUGUCGAAAUCCAAACGAAAACGUCUUAACAAAAAGAAAAAUGUACAAGAAGAAGCAAAAGAGGAUAAUUUUGAAGUUAAUGUUAAGGAUCCAAGAUUUGGCGCUUUGUUCACGUCACAUCAUUUCAAUAUCGAUCCUGCGGAUUCCCAUUAUAGGAAGACAAAGGGUACAGAAGCUUUAGUUAAUGAAAAAUUAAAGAGAAGAGCUAAUAGCGAAACACAUGCAGAAGAAAAUGUUAAGCAAACUAAAAAACCAAAAAGAGACGAAAAAUUGCCGACGGAAUUAAAAGCUCUAGUUAAAUCUGUUAAGAAGAAAACGAAAAAUAUCACACAGCCAAUAAAAGGAUGACACAAAUAAUCAUAUUUAUGUAUUAAUUAGUACAUAUUAUAUUUUAUACAUUAGUAAAGACACUGUUUUUAUUUCAAGAGA